AUGGACUCAGAUCUGGAGAAGGAGUUGACCUGCUCAAUCUGCACCGAGAUUCUCUAUCAGCCUUUGACACUGCUCGACUGCCUGCACACCUUCUGCGGCGCCUGCGUCAAGGACUGGUUCAGCUGGCAGAAGACUAACGCGGAAGCGUUGCCGGAUCGCACAAGCCGCAGAGGACCAGUGUUCACCUGCCCAUCAUGUCGAGCCGAGGUCAGGGACACAAGGCACAGCGCCACCUUUGCGACGCUGAUAGACAUGUUCCUGUCUGCAAAUCCGGACAAGGCCAAGUCUGAGCAGGACAAGGAGGAGAUGAGGGCCAAGUACAAGCCGGGUGACCAUGUCCUGCCCAAGGUACGUGCAGACGACAAGUCACCAGAGGAGCGGCGGGCAGAGGAGAUGGAGCGGCGCAUGCUGGAACAGGCACGCGAGCUGAGUCUGCAGGACGCUGGAGUUCGGGAGUCGUCGGAGCAUCGAUCAGGGCGGAGGAGACGUGAGACGGGCGCGUCGGAGGAUUCGAGGACCAGACACAGCCGGGACCCAAGCAGAGAUGCCAGGGCGGCGGAUGGGAGGGACAGGAGCAGCAGACCUGAGGGUCGCCGGCGCAGAACAGACUCAGGCAACAUGCUUCAUCCGGAUGGAUCCUCUGACGAGCGACGACGUCGGCGCAGCGAGUCGCAGCAACGGUCACCCGCAUCAUCGACAACCCGGAGAAGAGCUGUAGAGCACCAGGCGUCCAUCAGGUCCCUGAUUAGCUCGUCUGACGUGGACUCGCGGGAUCUGGAGCGAGAAAUCGAGGACUUUGCUCGUCAUAUUCAGGAAGAAGGACUGCUGGACGGCCUUGAUCUGGACAACCUUGAUCUUUCACAGAACGAUGAGCUCAGCCGGAAGGUUACCGAGGCGUAUCGCAGGCGGCAGCGGGAGCGGUCCCGCCAGGACCAUCCAAGGAGAAACACGGGCGGUUCAAGACCUGAGCAAAGUCAGGCUGCCUCGCGACAUUCCGCGACAGAGACAGUCCGCCAGAGCAGCAGACAGAGAUCCAGCUCUGCAAACGAGAGACCGGGAACCUCUUCCUCGCGGCAGGAUGACAGAGCAAGGCCACCAUUAGCGAGUGUGCAUCUCGAAGUCCACGGCGACUCUGAGAGGCGGCGGCGCAGGAGGAAUUCGAGUGGUGCUCGAAGCGCGACCGACCCCGUGCAGCCCCGGGAACCAGAAGUCAGGCCCGCAGCAAGAUCUUCAACAGAUUUGACGGCGACGUCUCGUGGAUCCGACCCAAUAAUCCAGCGUCCAUUCUUCGCCGACAAUCGUAGCAACAGCCUGCCGUCAGCGACUUCAGCGACGGCUAACUCGGGCCCUAGCUUUAGUAUGCGCACCUCAGCAGCUCAGAAUUCUGGGUCGCAGCAAGCCGCGGCUGCAAAUUCGGCAACUCCGGACGGUUCAUCUGUCCCAGCACCAGCGGCUGAGCUGGCUGACAAUGGUAAUGGACGGGCGCGCCGGACGCAACGCCCUGCCGAGAUCUCUGUUGUUCCCCAGAACCCUCUGCCCAGUCUUGGCCUGCUGCAGUCGCCUGUGAGAUCCGGCCACCAGCGGAGCCGCUCACAGUACUACAACGAACCCACAAUCACAUGUUCGCGAUGCUCGAGACCACAUAUUGAAUAUGAGCUUCAUUACAACUGUUCCAAGUGCUCAGGAGGCAACUGGAACCUCUGUCUCGAUUGCUACAGGACGGGAAGGGGAUGCAUGCACUGGUUUGGGUUUGGCUAUACGGCCUUCAAGAGAUGGGAGCAAGCGCAGGCGGCAGCGGGUGGGGAGCAUUUCGAUCCUCCCCAUAUGCUUACGUCUAACCGAUAUCGACCGCCGAGAGCUGUACCGGGUGGCGCAGACGGCCGCCGCACUAUGACGACGGAGGACCCGGCCGCGCGGUUCGAAAGCGGCAUGUUUUGUUCUCGAUGCCUGACGUGGUCAAACGAGUGCUACUGGCGGUGCGACUCGUGCAACGAAGGCGACUGGGGUUUCUGCAACAACUGUGUCAAUCAGGGAUACAGCUGCACGCACCCAUUACUACCUCUGACUUAUGUCAAGCCCUCGUCUGGAACCUCACAAACCCCGCCCGGCACGCCGCCCAGGUCUCCCAGGCGUCCUCUAUCUGCCACCCUGUUCACGGGCCCCAACGCUCUAAGCAUUGGCAACUUCAAGCCGUUGACCUUCACGACGACCUGCGACAUCUGCCGAGAUCCAAUCCCUCCGACCCAGAGCCGCCAUCACUGCUUCACCUGCACAAGCACUGUCGUGCCAGAUACGCAUCCUGGGGACUACGAUAUCUGCGUGGACUGCCACCAUCGUUUAGUUCGGCAGGGGCGGAUAUCGGAAGAGAAUGGUCCCUCGGGGUGGAGGCGGUGUCUUGAAGGUCAUCGUAUGGCAGCUAUUGGCUUCGAGGAGAGCCGCGGUGCGCAGCGGCGUGUUAUAACGAGAGAUCUUGUAGGCGGACGGGACCUGAAGGUUGAGCCCGCUCGCGGACCAGAUGGCUUGACGACGAGCUUGCAGAAGUGGCGGUGGAUGGGCCCUAACGGCAAGACUCGCGUCGAGCGGCUGGUGACCGUCGACGUCGCCGCAACAGCCCCGCCGUUGACCGGCAGCAACGCGGCUGCGGCAGCGACGGACACGUUCCCACCAGACGGAGGGUCAGGAAAGCGGGCUGUGGCAGGCUGGUCGUGGUACCCCGCCCCAGACGCGGAGGAUGAGCUUUUGUUUCCCCGUGGCGCUGACAUCCGUGAGGUCCACGACAUCAAUGGGGACUGGUACUCGGGGACGUAUAUGGGCGUUGUCGGAUUGAUACCUUCCCCAUUUGUCAAGAUUGUAGAUUCAUAA